AUGCCGCCGAAGAAGUACGUGGUCCCCCGCGCCGCGACGGAUGCCAUCACCACCGCCGCCCAGCCGAAGCAGAGGAAGCAGAGGGCGCCGCCGUCCAAGCCCCCGGACAUGUCUAACACCGACUGGAGGGCGGAAGUUCAGCGCCGGGAGGCUGUCACCACCGGCCGACGGAACAGGACGAACGCCAAGAAGGCCCGGGACAGGGCGGCGCUCGCGGCUACGGCGGUGGCGGAGCAGGCGGAGCGCUCGGCCGAACAGGCCGAGGCGGCUCGCGCGGGGAUGAUGAAUCCACCCGGCGGCCACGGCCCGUACGCGUCCUGGAGCCAGCAAAGCGUCGGGUCUCCGUCCGGCUUCUCGUCGUCGCCACAACCAUGGGGGUGCAGGCCGUCGCCGGGCUAUGCCGACGGCGACGCGCACGACGGGUUCAACCCCAACAUCACCUUCCCCCAUGGUCACCCGGCCCAGCGCAUGCCCUCGCCCGCCUUCGUCGGCGUGCAGUACCCUCCGUACACCUACUCACCGCCGGCCUACGCAGCCUCCCCGACACCACCUCUCCGCCGUGGCGCGCUGCUCUUCUCACAAGCCUCCUCGUCGCAUCUCGGCGACACCGACGCGACGGAGGCCGACAUGAACGACAUCAUCACGACCGGCUCGGCCGCCGCCGCCGCCUUCCCCGGGUUCACCGCCCAAGACGACACAAUCGACCUCAACGGCGACAUGGACGGCGAGCUCGACUACGGUGAGGAGGAGCCAGAGGAGGAGGACGAGGACGAGGAGGAGACGGCGCCUGCUCCGGCGAGGAAAGGGGAGAAGAAGAAGAAGAAGAAGCGGGCGGCCAGGACCGGCGAGCCGCGCAUCAAGUGGGCGUCCAAGGAGGACAAGUGCCUCGAUGAAGCGUGGAAAGUCAUCUGCCUCGACCCGACUACCGGCACGAACCAGAGCAUCGACACGUAUUGGGAGCGCAUCAAGGCCGAGUUCGACGAGCGCAAGCUCGUCGACCCCUACUUCAAAGGCGUCUACAUGCAGAGCGGGUCGAAGAUCGCGGCUCGCCCGAAGAGCGGCGCCAGCAUCAAGGAUCAGGUAUGGCACGUCGGUCUCCCUUUUCUUUUCGCCGUGUUCGCGCCGGCCUACUGUUGUUCCUCGGCGCAGCUGGUCCGGAUGUUCGCCAUGUUUCGCCAGGACAGCAGCAACCAAGAUUUCAAGUACCUCCAUGUCUUCAAGCGGAUCCAGAAGUGUGAGAAGUGGGCGGAUACCAGGCGCACCCUCACCAAGGCCAAGGAGACGUACAAGCCGGACACGCCGACACCGGGCGUGGCCGACGGACGCCCGGACGGCAACAAAGGGGCCAAGAAGGGGAAACAUGCCGAGUUGGCCACCGCGCGUGUGCAAGAGUCCAUCGAGCAUUGCAUCGCCGACGCCCAGACCCGAGCCGCCCAGCGGGAAGAGAAAACCGAGGCGCAGUGGUCGGUGUUGAUGACGAACAGCGUCGUCAAGCUCGACCUGCUCCGGACCAACGUCGCCGCGAAGAAGAGGAACACCGACCUGGCUUUCCUGAUGGGCGGCGUGGACAUGUCGGCGAUGGACGAGCAGGUCAAGGCGUGGUACCUGGCGGAGCGUGGCCUCAGCCUGAACCAGAUGCCGUCGACCACGGCGCCAACUCCCACGCCGACGCCUACGCCACCGCCAAGCCCGAGCGAUGAUGCCUCGACGACGCCCAGCACAGAAGUCGCGCCGACGCUGACCAGCCCUCGCACGCCGACUCCACCGACGCCGGAGGCCGACACCGUCGUUUGA